AUGGCGAGUCGACGUUGCUUGCAAUCUUUGACCCGUUAUUUCCAUCCCAUCAAAAAUCUAACCCCAUUUUCCCGAACCCUCGCUGCCAGCUCCGUCGGCGCCCUCUGCCGGAAACCCAGUCACUACAUUUCCGGCGACAACAUUAGUGUUUACCCGCGUUCGGCCGUAUUCACUCGGCACUUUUGUUCAAGGCACGGAGACAAUCAAAAUGAUGACGAAGAAGGUGAAAUAGAGGAUGAUGACAGUGAAGGGGAAGAAGAGGAAGAAGAAGAAGAAGCUGCGGGUGAAAACGAGAGCCCUGUUUUAUCAGCUCGUGACAAGGAAAAAGAGGCUGCUGAAAUCGGGUACACAGUUAUCGGUCCGCUUCAGGAGUCGGAUCAGGUUUUCAAACCGUAUGAGCCGGUUUUUGCUGUUGUUCAGAUUGGAUCACAUCAGUUCAAGGUGAGCAAUGGGGAUAGCAUUUACGUCGAGAGAUUGAAGCACUGCGAUGUCAACGACAAGUUGGUCCUCAAUAAGGUUCUUAUGCUAGGCUCGCAGACACAAACAAUAAUUGGUCGGCCAAUUUUGCCAGAUGCAGCUGUUCAUGCAGUUGUCGAGGAGCAUGCAUUAGAUGCUAAAGUCAUCGUAUUCAAGAAGAAAAGAAGAAAGAACUACAGAAGAACUAAAGGUCAUCGCCAGGAAUUAACCAAGUUAUGUAUAACGGAUAUACAAGGGAUCGAGAAACCGGAAAAGAUCGCUCCUUUAACGAAAGCAAAGAAAGAAAAGGUUGCUGUUGGAGGUUAA